AUGGACGAGCGGCAACUACAGCAGCAGCAGCACAAUAGCAGCAAAGAAGCAGCAGCAGCAGCAGCAGUAGCAGCGGCGACUGCAGCAAUGACGGCCGUUUCGGCUGCAGCGACCUCACACUGUGUCUGGCAGCAGGGACUAGCAGCACAUUCAGGUGCAGCUGCAGCAACAAAGAGGGCAGCAGCAGCAGCAGCAACAGGAGGAGCAGCUGCAGCUGCAACAGGAGCAGCUGCAGCAGCAACAGAAGAAGCAGCUGCAGCAGCAACAGCACCAGCAACAGCAGCUGCCUCGAAACGCUAG